UAGGUGGCAGAGGCACGAGUGUGGGGCAGGCAGAGCUGAUGGGGGAGCCUGGGGUGUAGCCCAGGAUGGACUGGCUGUGACGACGUGCCUUAGCUGGAGAGAGGUCGUUACCAUGAAGAGUUCCUGCAGAGCUGGCCUCCACAGGGAACCACUCAAUUCCACAUCCUCCACCUUCCAUCAAGUCAAACGGGUUUCUGGUAUGCACUUAAAGCCAUAUCUCAAGUUACAGAAGAAAGAGCGAUCCCCAGAAAUAAGCCAGGAUUCCCUGCGGGGCCACCAGGGACCAACACAAGGAGAAAAAUACACCAACUGCACCAAACUGAGCGUUUUCCCAAAACCCUCCCUCGUGGCUCCGUCUCAAAAACUCCUGGGGAUUAUUUAUCCAAAUACUAUGUGCAAUAUGAACGGGAAAGGCCCGGCGGAGAAGAAGAACGCCCUGUCUGCCACCAUCCACCAGGGAGAAGAAGGGGAAGGGCCGCUGGAUGUCUGGGCUGUGGUGAAACCUGGCAACACCAAGGAGAAAAUCGCCUUCUUCGCAGCCCAGCAGUGCAGCAGCAACACCCGCACGGGCUCCAUGAAAAUCAAGAGCACGUGGGACAUCGACGGGAGAACGGCCAAACGCAGGAAAAAAUCGGUGGAUCUUAAAAAAGCCAAAAUUCAACUGGAAAGGAUGAGGGAGGCGAACGCCAGGUGCUCCCAGCCGGAGCCUUUCUCCUGUGGCAUCGAGCACUGCUCGGUGCAUUUCGGCAGUGACGGCGGCGAGGCCGCGUUCCCCGGCCGCUCGCUGUCCGUCAUCGAGAUGGUGGCCUUCCUGGAGCAGCGGGCCAGCGCCCUGCUGGUGGACUGUGCCAAGACCUGCACGGCCUCCUCUGCCACCAGGCUGAGCGCCCAGCCCAAGGCCGCCCUGCCCUGCUCCGACCCCUUCUCGUCGGGCGAGGCGCAGGCGGAGCGGGGCGAGCCCCAGGGCGAGCCCGUGCGGGUGCUGGACAUGGUGGCCAGGCUGGAGUCCGAGUGCCUGAGGCGGCAGAGCGAGCGGGAGGCCGGGAGCCUGUCCCGCAACAACAGCUUCCGCAGGAACGUGGGCAGGGUGCUCCUGGCCAGCGGCACCCAGCCCGAGGCAGAGGUGGGCAAGGGGGUGCCGGCUCAGGGGGAUGGCCUGGGGGAGGCAGGGGUGGCAGAGGCUGGGUUUGGGGGUCGCUGUGGCCCUCUGGGUGACACCGAGCUGUGGGAUGGCAGCACCUCUGCCCAGCAGCCGUUUCCUUCGGGGCUGGAUACCCGGGUGGGGAAUGUGAAUUCGGGACUUGCCCACGCGGUGUUGGCGAUGACAGCCGGCAGGAAUGACGCUGAAACACGGAUUGAGCCUCCCAGGGCUCUGCUGUCCCCGUGUCCAGCUGCUGCCAGGCUGCCACCGGAUCCCUUGCAGAGCAAGAACGCGACUGUUGAUUGUACGUUGAAAGAGCCUGUGAUUUUCCCAAAGCAUCCUGCUAGGAAGGAGCCCUUAUGCAUCAGUAUAUCAGUCACCAAGACAGAGGAAGGGUGCAGGAAGGAGAAGCUCUCCAGUUCUGGUGAGGAUUCACUCCCUGGGAGGCUGUUUUUCCUCCAGGGUGAGCAGCCUGCUGCUCACGAGCAACAGCCACAGCGGGAGAGUACCCAGGAGAAGCCAGGGGCAGUAGCCCAAAACGAGGAUGAGGAUGCUCUGGCAUCCGGUAGAUCGUGUGUCAGCAGCAGUGUGCCUACAGAGCCAUUGGUCCCUUCUGUCCCUCCCACAGAAGGGGCUUUGCAAGUACUUGAUCCUUCCUGCCUAAAGCGGCAGGUUUCACAUGACUUUCUGGAGACCAGGUUUAAAAUCCAGCAGCUUUUGGAGCCUCAGCAGUACAUGGCCUUCUUGCCUCACCACAUCAUCGUGAAGAUCUUCGGGUUGCUUCCCACCAGGAGCCUGGUUGCCCUAAAAUGCACUUGCUACUACUUCAAAUUCAUCAUCGAGUACUACAACAUCAGGCCGGCAGACUCGCGCUGGGUGCGCGACCCUCGCUACCGGGAAGACCCCUGCAAGCAGUGCAAGAAGAAAUACGUGAAGGGGGACGUGUCCCUGUGCAGGUGGCACCCCAAGCCCUACUGCCAGGCCCUGCCCUACGGGCCUGGCUACUGGAUGUGCUGCCACCGCUCCCAGAAGGGCAUCCCAGGCUGUAAGUUGGGUCUCCAUGACAAUCACUGGGUCCCUGCCUGCCACAGCUUUAACCGUGCGAUCCACAAGAAAACCCGAGGAGCAGGAGCAGAGGUGGAAGAGGAAUAUUAGUGCACAAACACUUUCCUGCAAGAUUGUUUGGGAUAGGAGGAGGAGGAGAUUCUCAUGCCUUGUGCUGUUUACAGUGUAUAUAAUUGUCGUGAUUUUUUUUUUUUUUUCCCCCCACAGGGCUAUGAAACUGCACAUACUCAAACACAAGAGCCUUUACCUUUUAGAUUAAAAGAGAGCUUUUAGUCCAUCUCUGUAAAUAACACUAUAAAAACUAAUUGUACAUACAGAGUCUACAGCUGGCUGAACAAGGUAACCCCUACAAUGCAGCUAUCCCAGUGUUGCGGCUAUAGGUGUGUGUGUUUUUAAGUGUCUUGUUUCAAAAUCUGUAUAUCCUGUAUAAUAUAUGAAUGUUUCUGAGAAGAAACUCUAAAUAGGUAAAGGUAAACUUGUUUAAAGAAGCUGCAGACAACUUAACUGGACAACCUGAAACUUUAGGCUAUAGAACAAAUCCAUUAUAGUAGUGUGGCAGUGGAUUAAAAAAAAAAAAAAGAGAGAGGAAUAUUAUUGUAUAGUCAGAAUAUAAAAAAGUUCUUGUCUACCUUACCCAUGUUGUCUGGUUGGGGUUUUUUUUUUACAUAAAUAAAAUGUGCAUUCUAGAUCUGCCUUACCAGACUUUCUCUUGUAAGACUUUUGCCCCAAAAUAAAAAUGCUGUAAAACACGUGGCAGAAA